CUCAAAUGACUCGAUACACCCCUUUCUCACUAUUCCAUCAUCAACAUUGUUGCUGUAGUGAAUUUGGGGGUGUGGGAACUGCAAUCUGGAACAGAAUGUGGCCCUUCUUGAGGGGGCACAGAGAUGUUUACAUUAAGCCUACAAAAAUGUCUCCAGGCUCUAGUCUACUGUGUCUCACUACAUAAGAAUCAAAAGAUGGUGACCACGGAAUAUUCUUUGGUCAGAUGGUUGAAGGAUGUAUUAAAUUGAAGUACUACAAUGUUACGCAAUGACACACUAUAGGCUGGUAGGGCUGGUCGGGUUAAUGAACAGUGGUCCAAUGGAUCUGGCCAAAAUGACAGAAUAAAACAGUCAUCUGUCUAUCAAAUCAUCGUUUUGCAAUGGAAACGUGUGGAGAAACCAGUCAAAACUCCACCCUGAGUGAGUGCCUCUGAAACCAGAGGCCCUUGAACAGAAAGGGAGUCCAAAAUGAUUGAUUGAAAGAGAGCGGCGAAAGAACUGUAUGAUACGGCCAGUGUGCUGCAAAUUAAUCUGCUUAAAGAAUUACAACAUUCCAAAGCAGAAUCUCAUAUAAUCAUCUGGAUCAAAAUGCUGGUUGGGAAUGUUGUAAUUCCGUAAUUCCGUUGCCCAUAGUGACUGCACAAAAAGCUGUGUUUCAAUGGUGUCUCUCCACCGUAUGAGUGCCAACUCACUACAAAGCUAUUAUGCUGUACCAGAAGUAAAUUUGUCUUUCUGCUCAUGGCCUCGUAUGGUAGUAGUGAGACUCACACGCACACAUUGGGCUCCCAGGUCGGGCAAGGCGAGGUUAAUGAGUGACUACACCAGGCAGACGACAGGUACUGUAUUUUGUGUAGUCUUUGUUUGACACAUCCUGUGUGAAAACUUACACACUGUGGUAAGACCAUCAGAAGUACAUUCCAGAUUCGCACAACUAGGACCCGAGAACCCCAAAAGGAUGAGCGACCAGCCAUAAUCACAUAGCCCAGACAACCAGAACCCUGGUCAGAACCUCUUUCUCUCCCCCUGUUGCCGACUGCCGACGCCCUGGGACCCGUCGUCGCCAUGGAGACGGUGGUGAUCGUGGCCAUUGGGGUGCUGGCCACCAUCUUCCUGGCCUCCUUCAUUGCCCUGGUGGUGGUGUGUCGACACCGCUACUGCCACCCCCACCACCUGCUGCACCACUUCAACUCCAAGCCCAAUGGACUGACCUGCUGGUUUGAAGCUAUAAGUCUAUGGAUUGAACAGAGCGACUUCACAGCACUAAGACCCAGUGUUGACCUGAUCGGUGCCAUGGAGACCCAGAGUGAGCCGUCCGAGCUGGAGCUGGACGACGUGGUCAUCACCAACCCUCACAUCGAGGCCAUCCUGGAGAACGAGGACUGGAUCGAGGACGCCUCUGGAUUGGUUUCACAUUGUAUCUCCAUCUUAAAGAUCUGCCACACCCUGACUGAAAAGCUGGUUGCCAUGACAAUGGGCUCAGGCGCUAAGGUGAAAGCACCAGCCAGCCUCAGUGACAUCAUCACUGUGGCUAAACGCAUCAGUCCGAGGGUGGAUGACGUUGUGCGGUCAAUGUACCCUCCCCUGGACCCCAUACUUCUUGAUGCCAGGGCCACCGCCCUCCUCCUGUCAGUCAGUCACCUGGUGCUGGUGACACGUAACGCCUGUCACAUGUCUGGCAGCAUGGACUGGAUCGACCAAUCACUGCACGCCGCUGAGGAUCACAUGGUGGUGCUGCGGGAGGCGGCGCUAGCAUCUGAACCGGAACGGAGUCUACCUGGAAUAGACGUGCAGAGAGAGCAGGCUAUCUAGAACGCACAGACAUGUACAUACACACAUGCACGCACACAUUCACAUAGGCAAGCAGGUACAUACACUCCUUCUCUAUAUAUCAUACAAAUAGACACAUUAAUGCACAUCUCGGGCACAUUCUCACGCAUACACAAUGCUUGAUAAACACACAAUUUUAAAAACUCAACACAUUCCCAAAACACACAUUCCCAAUGAUCUUUCUCACUGUUGUUCUGUGCUGAUUUACAUACAGAUGGGUUGCUAGAUAAUAGAAAAGAGCUGGUUUUAGAAAAGGAUGGGUUGCCAGAUCCUUGUGCUAUUUUGCUCUUGAUCCUUUCACUUUUACCAUGUUUCUGGUUUUGUAUAUAGUUAUGUAUAACCAUAAUGUAUGUUAUGAUUAGGAUUUAUAUAGAUUUUAUGUUACACUCUCAGACUCAGAUUGUAUUGUAAGUGGAGAGCUCACUGAGACAGGCUUGUGUGUAGUUGUUGCCAUGGACGACUGCCCCCUUGACAUUCCUUCCUGGGUGUCGUCCAUCUCCCAGCGGUGAGCUAUAAUCCACCCCGUUAGGAGUGCAGUCACAUGGAAGCUUACAUUUAGUCAGACUAAUCCAUGUGGGGGAAAACCCUGGACACCCAAUAGGACCAAAGGCCUGGGAAAUACAUGCACACCUACUCAGAGCAAUACACUCUUACUCAGAGCACUACACUCUUACUCAGAGCACUACACUCUUACUCAGAGCACUACACUCUUACUCAGAGCACUACACUCUUACUCAGAGCAAUACACUCUUACCCAGAGCACUACACUCUUACUCAGAGCAAUACACUCUUACUCAGAGCACUACACUCUUACUCAGAGCAAUACACUCUUACUCAGAGCACUACACUCUUACUCAGAGCACUACACUCUUACUCAGAGCACUACACUCUUACUCAGAGCAAUACACUCUUACUCAGAGCACUACACUCUUACUCAGAGCAAUACACUCUUACUCAGAGCAAUACACUCUUACUCAGAGCAAUACACUCUUUCUCAGAACAAUACACUGCUACUCAGAUCAAUACACUGCUACUCAGAUCAAUACACUACUACUCAGAUCAAUAUACUACUACUCAGAGCAACACACUCUUACUUAGAGAAAUACACUCUUACUCAGAGCAAUGCACAGCUACUCAGAGAAAUACACAGCUACUCAGAGCAAUACACUCUUAGAGAAAUACACUGCUACUCAGAGCAAUACACUGCUACUCAGAGCAACACACAGCUACUCAGAGCAAUACACUCUUACUUAAAGCAAUACACUCUUACUUAGAGCAAUACACUCUUACUCAGAUCAAUACACUCUUACUCAGAACAAUACACUCUUACUCAAAGCAAUACACUCUUUCUCAGAACAAUACACUGCUACUCAGAUCAAUACACUGCUACUCAGAUCAAUACACUACUACUCAGAUCAAUACACUACUACUCAGAGCAAUACACUCUUACUCAGAGAAAUACACUGCUACUCAGAGCAAUACACUGCUACUCAGAGCAAUACACUGAUACUUAGAGCAAUACACUCUUACUUAGAGCAAUACACUACUACCAUACUCAGAGAAAUACACUGCUACUCAGAGCAAUACACUCUUACUCAGAGCAAUACACUGCUACUUAGAGCAAUACACUCUUACUUAGAGCAAUAUGUUCUUACUUAGAGCAAUACACUCUUACUCAGAGCAAUACACUGCUACUUAGAGCAAUACACUCUUACUUAGAGCAAUACACUACUACCAUACUCAGAGAAAUACACUGCUACUCAGAGCAAUACACUGCUACUCAGAGCAAUACACUGCUACUUAGAGCAAUACACUCUUACUUAGAGCAAUACACUACUACCAUACUCAGAGAAAUACACUGCUACUCAGAGCAAUACACUCUUACUCAGAGCAAUACAGUCUUACUCAGAGCAAUACACUGCUACUUAGAGCAAUACACUGAUACUCAGAGCAACACAGUCUUACUUAGAGCAAUACACUGAUACUUAGAGCAAUACAGUCUUACUUAGAGCAAUACACUGAUACUCAGAGCAAUACAGUCUUACUCAGAGCAAUACACUGCUACUUAGAACCCGGAGUCAAAUAAUUCAAGCUCUGAAAUUCAGCCUAAGAGAAGACUGCCAGCAUAACUGCAGCCUACAUCAGAUAAGCAGAGCUCUGUGAUGGAAUGAUAUUGAUUGAGAUGAAACAUGAAAAGUGGCCACUCCUUUAUUUUCCUGGUUUCCGUCGUUUUAUUACAAUUGAUUGCUUUUGUAUGUAAGCUCUCCUGUGUUUUCUCCUCCCCACCCACCGUUCGUUAGUGAUGUUUCCUUAUCUCCUGCCUUUUUCACCUUUCUCUUUUUUCCCCUUCCAUUGAUUUGUACAGGUAAAUUAAAGUUUCAUAGGAAAAUGUGUAA